CCGCGGCCCGCCGCCCAUGAUGUCACAAUCGCGGCCAGCCGCGGCGUUCCCGGCUCGGCUUCGGGGGCCCGGCUGCGAGGCGGCGACUGAAGCGGGCCGCCGGCUCCUGAGUCAUGGACUUCCCCUGGCCCCUCCUCUACCACUCCCACUCCCGCGCCGGGCCCCCCCGCGGCGGCUAGCGUCCGCGCCGCGGCUCCGAGGGGGUGGGGCUGCAGGGAAUGGCUGUGCCCCCUUCGGCUCCCCUGCCGUGCUCGCCCUUUUACCUGAGGAGGCAGGCGUCUUGCCCGCAGUGCUCAUGGGGCAUGGAGGAGAAGGCGGCGGCCGGCGCGGGCUGCCGGGAGCCGCCGGGCCCCCCGAGGGCCGCCGCCGUCCCGUGCUUCGGCAUAUCUGUGGACCAGGACGACAUCCUCCCCGGCGCCCUGCGCCUCAUCCGGGAGCUGCGGCCGCAUUGGAAGCCCGAGCAAGUUCGGACCAAGCGCUUCACUGAUGGCAUCACCAACAAGCUGGUGGCCUGCUACGUGGAGGAGGACAUGCGGGACUGUGUGCUGGUCCGAGUGUAUGGAGAACGGACGGAGCUGCUGGUGGACCGGGAGAAUGAAGUCAGGAACUUCCAGCUGCUGCGAGCACAUGGCUGCGCCCCCAAACUCUACUGCACCUUCCAGAACGGGCUGUGUUACGAAUACAUGCGGGGCAUGGCCCUGGGGCCCGAGCACAUCCGUGAGCCCCGGCUCUUCAGGCUGAUCGCUUUAGAAAUGGCCAAGAUUCACACCAUCCACGCCAACGGCAGCCUGCCCAAGCCCACCCUCUGGCACAAGAUGCACAAUUAUUUCACCCUCGUGAAGAAUGAAAUCAACCCCAGCCUUUCUGCAGAUGUCCCUAAGGUCGAAGUGUUGGAACAGGAGCUGGCCUGGCUGAAGGAGCACCUGCCCCAGUUGGACUCCCCUGUGGUGUUCUGUCACAAUGACCUGCUCUGCAAGAAUAUUAUCUAUGACAGCACCAAAGGUCAUGUGCGGUUCAUUGACUACGAAUAUGCCGGCUACAAUUACCAAGCUUUUGACAUUGGCAACCAUUUCAAUGAGUUUGCAGGUGUGAACGAGGUAGAUUACUGCUGGUACCCAGCGCGGGAGACCCAGCUGCAGUGGCUCGGCUACUACCUGCAGGCACAGAAGGGGGCGGCCGCGGCCCCCAGGGAGGUGGAGAGGCUCUACGUUCAAGUCAACAAGUUUGCCCUGGCGUCUCACUUCUUCUGGGCACUCUGGGCCCUCAUCCAGAACCAGUUCUCCACCAUCGACUUCGAUUUCCUCAGGUACGCAGUGAUCCGAUUCAACCAGUAUUUCAAGGUGAAGCCUCAAGUGUCAGCCUUGGAGAUGCCAAAGUGACCAGCUUCCCCAUCCUUCCCCUACCCAUCUGCCUGGCCAGACCUGUUCUCCAGGGCUCAGUUCUGCUCUGGGGUCUGCACCCUUGGACAAGGUGGGAGAGGGGACAGGUGGGAGUCCCGGGAGAAGGCAGCUCUGUCCUAGUUGCCAGCCCCCAGUGAUGUUCCUGGAGGUCACAUUCUUGUUUGGAGGGGCUGAUAGGACCCAGCUCUGGGGGUUCCUUCAGCUUGCCAGACGGGAAGGGCAGGGGCCGGGAGCGCCUGCAGCCAGCCAGUGCUCAGACCACAACCACCCUGGAAAGCCCAGCAUUCCUAGCCCCAGGUCAUGGAAUCUGGGCUGCCUUAGAUGUGUCUUUGACCUUCCUGGCUUGGGGAGGGGGGAAGGUGGGAGGGCUCCUUUCUACCUCCAGUGUCCUGAGCCCCCAGCCUGUCUCCCCCUACAUGCCCUGUGUGGGAGGUGCUGAGCCCAAACCAGCGUCCUGCCAGCUCUGACAGAUGGAUGCACAAAUCUUGGUGGGAGUGGUCUGGACUUGGGUUUGAUGGCUCCCCUAGUAGCCCCCUCAUCUGAGAUCCCUCCCUUUCUCCAAACCAGAUCCAAUCAAAACAACCCUGUCCCGAACCUCAGCCCGAGGACACGUGCUCUCCUCCAGUGCCCUUUCUGCUCCGUGCUUGUGUUCUGUCCCUCUGGUGCCUGCCAGGAGGGAAGGCAAGGGAAUGGUGACAUCCUGGGCCACCAAAGACUGGCUCUGCUUCAUGCUGUGGCUUGGCCAGAGGGGACGUAGCCAAGAGUGGGGUGAUUGGACAGCACCUUCCUGCCGCGUUCCCUCCCCUGCCCUCCAGGCCCUCACUUCCAAGGAACAGUCUCUCCAUGUCCACCUUCUGUCCUGAAGUUGACCCAAGGUCCCCCGACUUGGGAAUGACUAGUAGGGGUCAAAGGGCAGGGGCCAGGGACAUCCAGGGCUUGCCCAGCGUGCUGGGGCCCAGGCAGGAUGGGUUGUGAAGGUGUUGGAGGAGCUGUUGCCCCAGACUCUCAGGGGCCUCCCCUCCUUUCUGUCCUCACAGCCUCUUGGGCCCUCCUGGCUCUGGCCCAUAAAAUGAUUCAUUUGUAAAUUAUCAUGGUUUUCUGCAUUAAAAAUGGCCAUUUAUGGA